AACGGCUGUUCGUAGAUAUAGAAGUAACUGCAAAAUUACUGCUCACAUGGGGAGUGAUAGGAGUGAUGCAUGAAACAUACAGUGUAUAGCUCACAUUUUGUCAACAAAAAGUUUACCUGAAAAUCAACUAGUUCCUUGAAACAGUCAAAAGCCCAUUAUAAAAAGUACUAGUGAGGAACAACUGCUACUCCAAGUUGUCCCAAAUGGUAUAGAACCAUCUACAAAUUCAUGCAAACAAGUAUCUGCUACUCUAUUUGACUCCCUCCGCUCUCCUCUACUCAUCAUCCUUCCAAUGGAACUACCUACAAGGAAGGCUCAAGACAGCAUUGGCCUGAAAACUCAAUAUGCAAUAGAGACAAAGAAACUUUCUUAUAAGCUGCCUUGUCGAGCUGAUGAAUUCAGUUGGUUUUGGUGGAGGGAGAAGCCUGCCAACUCUUAUGUACUAAGAAAUGUUAGCUGUGAAGCUAAACCAGGGGAGAUCAUGGCAAUUGCUGGUCCGAGUGGGGCAGGGAAGACCACAUUGUUGGAAAUACUUGCUGGCGAGAUCCCACCAAGCAGAGUCUCCGGUCGUGUCUAUGUAAAUCAGCAGCCAAUGAAUGCUGAGCACUUUCGGAGAAUAUCUGGUUAUGUCACACAAGAUGAAGCUCUCUUCCCGUUUCUUACGAUUGAAGAAACUCUCAUGUAUAGUGCUCGUCUCAGGUUGUAUGGUGGGGUCAAAGAGGCAGCAGCCAGGGUGAAAGAGUUGUUGAAGGAGCUGAGGUUGGAGCAUGUUGCCAAUAUGAGAAUUGGAGGCGAAUCAAGGCGUGGAAUAUCCGGUGGGGAGAAGCGGAGGGUUUCUAUUGGGGUUGAUCUAGUCCACGACCCAGCUGUUCUUCUGCUUGAUGAACCAACAUCAGGAUUGGAUUCAGCAUCUGCUCUUCAUUUAGCUCUCUUGCUCAAAUCUAUGGCUCUGACACAAGGUAAGACGAUUGUCUUGACCAUCCAUCAACCUGGUUUUCGAAUACUUGAGCUAUUUGAUCAAAUUCUGUUGUUAUCAAAUGGCACCAUUCUUCACCAUGGAUCCUUAGAUCUCCUUGAGCAGCAUCUUAGAUUCACAGGACAUUCUAUCCCUCGGUAUGUAAAUGUCCUUGAAUUUGCCAUUGAAAUGACAGAACUCCUGGUAACACAUGUUGAUCAAGAAAUCAAAGCAGAAGAAAGUGAGAUAGAACAGGAUGGUGAAGAUAUCAAAACCUAUACAAACAUAGUCAAUGCUGGAGCGAUUAGAUCAUUUUACCCCAAUCCCUGGUUCAGGGAGGUUUUGAUAUUGGGCAAGAGAUUCACCAAGACCAUUUGCAGAACAAACCAGCUCUUUCCUGCAAGAAUGAUUCAAGCUUUACUUGGAGGGAUAGUGCUUGGGACGAUAUUUAUGCAUGCAGCCAAUGACCCAAAGAGAAAUAAGAUACAAACCCAAGUAGGAUUUUUUGCCCUCAGCCUCACCUUCUUAUUGUCAUCUACAACAGAAGGUCUACCAAUUUUCUUGCAAGAGAGAAGAAUAUUAAUGCGGGAAACAUCAAGAGGAGCUUACAGAAUUUCUUCUUACGUUAUGUCAAAUACUCUUGUUUUCAUUCCAUUCCUGUUGUCUGUUGCCAUUCUUUACACCACCCCGGUAUACUGGCUAGUUGGGUUAAAAAGUGAAAUCAAUGGGUUUCUCUACUUCACAUUGGUUGUCUGGAUGGUUGUUUUGAUGUCGAACUCUUUCGUAGCAUGUUUUAGUGCUCUAGUACCAAAUUUCAUCAUGGGAACAUCUCUGAUUGCUGGAUUUAUUGGGUGUUUCUUCCUUUUUUCUGGGUAUUUUAUAUCAAAGAACAAUAUACCGAGAUACUGGAUUUUCAUUCACUACCUGAGUUUGUUCAAAUAUCCAUUCGAGUGUUUUUUGAUAAACGAGUAUGGAGGAGAGACGGGAAAAGGAAGGUGUUUGGAGUUUGUCGAAGGAGAAUGUCUUUUGUAUGGUCAUGGGUUUCUGAUGAAGCAAGGUCUGAAGGAGUCAACGAAAUGGAGCAAUGUUGGAGUAAUGUUGGGUUUCAUUGUUGGGUAUAGGAUUCUUUGCUUCUUGAUUCUAUGGCACAGAUCGUAUACAGCCAGAAAAUUGAGAGGGUUUUUUGGCAGGUAGAAAAGGUACCCGCUUUCAAGAUUCAGAAAAAGAUCCGCAUGUUUCUACCUUUUCUCUCUUGAAUUUCAGUAAUGUGAUCAUGAUUAAUUAUAAGCAUUUCUAUGUGCCCAUUUCUUUUUCAACUUGUUCCAACUAUUGUCAAUUUGUUAUUCUUCAGGUCUUGGGAAGGCUACACAAAAGGGGUAUAAAUGAAUAUCAUGUCUUAGAAUGGUUGGUCAAAGUUGAUUGGCGAUCACACUUCUUAGUAUUUUUAACACAAUCCACCUAAAUGCUCAAAACUCAUUAUUGACACAAUCCACCUAAUGUCAAAGCACUAGCAGUCAGAUCCCACAAUAAAGCUCUGUUAGUGAAGAUGGCACUUUUGCUGCCUGGUUUGACAAACUAGGAAGCAUCUAAGGAAUUGAAACGCACACAUGACACCACUAUUACCAUAACAAAUUCAUGAUUAAAAUCACUUGAUUUGCUCACAAAUAUUAUGAACAGCAGGUUAACAUCGAAAUGGAAAGCCAAAAAGUUUGUCCUUUUGCUGGAUAUCUCAAUAGUCUCUUUAAUUCAUACACAGAAUCACUGAUCAGCUUGUCAGGAAUAUUAAAAAAAAGUCAAAAUCCUUCAUUGAAAGCCUUAAUGAAUCUUUAAACACUAAAAUAAAUUCACCCUCCCUUAAGGCCUUAAUCACCGUAACUACUCAUAAUUCUUAACAAGAAGCAACCAUUAAAAUGAAAGUUGAUCUGCAUUGUAAUCCUUAAAUUAUUAAUACUUACCUGCUAUGCUCCAAUUAGGAGCUCCUGAGCAAUCAAGACCCCAUUAAUCCAAAAUUGAAGCUCGAUCUGGCCAACCCUUUUGCCCGGCUUCACUGGAACUUCGAUAAAUAAAGCUCUCCUCAGUCUUCACACAGUUCAAAGGCAGUUCCAAGAGAAUAAAGAAGAACAAAGAUGAUUCUUUUUUUUGUUGCCUUCAAAUUUAACAGAAACCCAUCACUCAACCUCCCAAUACCAGAGUUCUGGAGGCUCGAAUGGAAAUUGAGGUUCCAUGGUAAAACUGCCUCACGCGGUAGGUCGGAGUCUUCAGUUAGGGCCCAUGGCCC